AUGAAAUUGACCAAAGCUACCUCGCUACUCGCAUUAAUAACUCUCCCUCUGCUAGCAUUUGCUGAUGUGGAGUUCAUAGAACCUCGCGCAGGUUCAACGGUUAAGAGUGGUGACAUAUUGACUGCCUAUUGGAAAGAUUCUGGAGACUUGCCUAGUCUCUUAGAGCUUCAUGAGUAUGAUCUCUUUCUAUGCGCCGGGGGUCCUGAGAUCGAAUACUCUGAGGAGCUGGCGUUGCUCGUACCAAAUGGUCUUUUCGACAAAGGGAAUUCUGUCUCUUUCCAGAUUCGAUCAGAUCUGGGGUCUGAAUACCCUGACGCAUAUUUUCUCAAAAUGACAUCCAGAGGAACCAAUAACAUGACACUCGUCAACUAUUCCGAGCGAUUCUCAGUGACUGGCAUGACGGGAACAUUUUCGGAACUGGUCCAAUAUGGACUAUUGCUCGCCGCAAACGACACCGCCAAAUACCACCAGGAGCUGAAAUUAAGAAAGAGGCAGGUAGCGACGGCCAUCAUUCCCGCCAAAGACGUGUAUAACGUUCCGUACCCUCAACAAACCAGGGGAUUGACCAAGUAUGCGCCUAUGGGCAAACGACCAGCCACCACUAUUACGGCCAAGAGCGGUCCUCCUCAAUUUCCCACCAGCGCUUUCGAAGUGGCUCACACGUUUUUACCAAUCCCAACUUGGCAGACUACAUUGACUGCUUCACGGACCUGGACCACUUCUGGAAUGGAGAAUCCUGCAACUCCGGCACCACACCCCAAAGAUGAUAUGCAAAUAUAUCUCAGAAGGUGGGCUGAUGAUGAAUGA